AUGGCCGAACGGGAUGAGAUCCUCGCUAAUUUUCAGGCCUGUACUGGUCUUGAAGAUAUUGGAGAGAGUAUUGAAGUCCUCGAAAAAUACAACUGGAACUUAGUGGAUGCCAUUAACAACACUGUGCAACACCUAGAUGGCGGGGCUGUUGGGGAUACUAUCGGUCCAGAAGUGGUUGCCCCAUUGCCAUGUGUUAUCGGGGAACCUAUGGAAGGCCUUGACAUCCCACCCCCAGAUAUCGACUCGGCGCCUGAACUGCCUCUCAUCACUGACCUCCCACAAGUGAUAUCACCAAUCAUCCCAGAACCACAGCCCUCUGGCUCGAGAAUGCGCGAGACUGCUUUCAAAGGAUUCUCAACAAUGUCCAGGUUAAUUAACUUCAAAAUUGAAUACAGAGAUAAGGCAAUACCACUGGUUCUGGUGGACUCGGAAACAGUGGAACGGAUCAAAGUUCUGCUCGAGGAUGAGAUCGGAGUACCGAGAGACAAACAGGUGCUCAAAGGCUGGAGUCGGCAUAAAGUUGAGGAUGGCAUGCUGCUAAAAGACCUUCAUCUCCCAAAAGAUGUGACGUUAUAUCUGUUAACACCAGCUAUUAACACACUACCAACAGUCAAUAAGUCUUUACAGCCAAAUAAUGGAGAGGAUCCAAAUCUCUUAGAACGAUUGUCACAGACUUUCACGCUCAACAUUUUACACAAAGACAACGGUCAAAGUUACCAGCUCAAUUUCCCUGGGAGUAAAACAGUUCAAGAAGUUAAGGGCGAUGUGUACUCAUUGAUUGACGUACCUAUGAGUAAACAAGUGUGGAAGGGAUGGCCAGAAUUGGCAAAGGAUGAAACGAUGACGCUAGCUGGAAUUGGUAUAGGAUUUCCCUGUCAUAAACUAGAAGUGAGCCGUGCCAAACCUGGCCAUUCCAGUAGAACAGUCACAUAUUCUGCAACGGAGGUAGACAUGCAAGUUGAUGAAGACACUGAUGAAGAAUUUGAAGAUGCUGCUGAUUCCUUCCAUGAUGACCUUGAGUUCCCCGUGGAGGAGGUCGUUUCAAAGAAGUUAAAGCCUUUAAUUCCAGAGGAAUUUGAAGAUGACACAGAUGCGUUGAGACUAUUUACUUCAGAGUUUGAAGAGAGAUAUGGUGGAUGUCACCCCGUGUUUUACAUUGGUUGUUUAGAUGAUGCACUCAAGGAAGCAUUAUUAGUCAAAGCAAAACAUAGGAAGCCAUUAGCUGUCUAUUUGCACCAUGACAGCAGUAUAUUUGUAAAUAUCUUCUGUUCUCAAAUACUGUGUACGGAGCAAUUAGUUAGUUUCCUUAGUACAAAUUUUGUCACGUGGGCUUGGGACAUCUCACUGGAAAAGAAUAAAACUAGAUUACUAGAUAUGUGUACUCGUCACUUUGGAAGCGUUGCUGCCAGUACUGUGAAGAAUUUCAAAGCUCCGCAGAUGCCUUUAAUGUUGAUCAUCACUCGGUCAAGGUCUGCUAAUGAAGUAUUCACAGUCAUUCAAGGUUCAGUAAGUUUAGACGAGUUAAUGACGAGCCUUAUAAAUGCUGUUGAUGUUUUCCAAGAGCAACAAAGGGCAGAGAUAGUGGAAGAGGAUGAACGAGAAGCUCGGGAGAUGGUGAAACAGGAGCAAGACUUGGCGUAUCAGCAGUCGUUAGCUGUGGACCGUGCUAAGGCCGAGGCUAAGAGGUUAGAAGAGGAGGAACGUAUGAAGAAAGAGUUCGAGGAACAAACUCAGAGAGAACUAGAGUUACAAGAACAACGGAAUGAAGAUGCUAUGAAAGAGGCACGACGGUUGUCUGUUCAAGACAUGCUACCCCCAGAGCCUCCACCAUCAAGUAAAGUCCCCUUCAGUACAAUCCGAGUCCGUGCUCCUGAAGGAGUGAUGUUACAACGACGUUUCUUAGCUACCAAUCCACUACGAGUUGUUCUUAAUUAUAUCGUCUCCAAAGGAUAUCAUUUAGAGGAUUACAAAGUACUGACAACGUAUCCGAAGAGAGAUUUGUCAAAUCUAGAUGAGGAUGACACAUUGGAAAAUCUAAAACUGUUCCCACAAGAGACACUUAUAUUGGAGGAACGUUAGUCCAGGCAAAUAAUGUGGAUUAAUUAUCCAAUUAAUGAUGGCUCUAUUUAUUUCAAGUGAUGCUGUGCUUGUGUUUUGUCAGGCUUACUCAGGAUUAUUUUGGUACUCUUCUGAAAGCAAUGGUAAUUUUGAUUUGGUAUUUUCUAAGAUGAAACCUGGCUUUUUUUGUAGGAAAGAUUGGGUUGUGAUCAGUUUCGGUUUUUUGUCACCAAAUAAUAGAUGAAAUUGAAUGUAUAGGUCAGAGUUCCUGUACAACUUCAGAAUGCAUUUGAAUGUGGAGACACUUCCUGCAGCCCUUGUGGUCACAUGUGCAUGUCAGCACAGAAACUCUGCACUGUACAUUUGUGCUGACUAGUAACUCAGUGUUUUACUCAGAAGUUGUAAAAAAGCCAUAGAUGUGUUUGUUAGGCUGACGUUACAUAGGCCUCAUUCGUUCACUUCCCACAUGUCACGUUCCCCUUAAUGCGUUCGUUCCUCACUGAAUGCAUGCCACAAGGCCGUGCAUUCACCGAGGAACGUUAAAUAAAGCUGGAACGUGACAUGUGGGAAGUGAACGAAUGAGGCCUAUGUAAUGUCAGCCUUAAACACAAGAGUGAACGGCUGUUAUGACUGCAGAAUAACCCUGAAGGGAUGGUAAAAACAAUUGUUUCAUAGUUUUAAAAAUGUUAGUGCCUCUGUAAGUCAGUGCCAGCGAGAGCAUCUUGUAAUUGUCCUUGAUUCUCCUUACCUGUUACUUUGAACUUAACCCUUUCGCUGCUGGCACAAAAUAGCAUAAAAUCCAGAGUAGAGAAUAUCACGAGAAGAACUGAAAAUUAUUGAAGAAUGUGUCUUCAAACUAAAUUUUCUCCCAAAAAUCAAGAAAAAAUGUAUUAUAAGCUCACUUUGAUGGAUAAAUUCAUGCUCUAUUAGGCCAUCUAUUUAAGGUGUAAAUGCAAAGGAAACGAUGUAGUCCAGUCAUUUGCCCAGAACAACUGGGGUCGUAGUUGGCACACGUUGACACAAGGCCUUGUUCGUCCACAGUUGCAGUUGACAUCAAAAGGGCUAAUAAACAAUAUCUUAGUGAUCGCAGUAAGCCUACUUCCAAAACCUGCCUUAUUUGAUACAGAACACCAAUUCAUGGGUUAUUGCUUCCUUCUAUAGAUCCAUGCUCUUGAUUGGGAACAAUGUUUACAUAAUGUAGGUUUGGUCGUCAUCACGUCACCAUGCAUUUUUACAUUACUGUAACGUGACGUGUCGCAACGUCUUCGUAAACGUUGUUCCCAAUCAAGUGCAUGGAUCUAUAGUUGUUCUAUCAUUCACCCUUACCAGGUCAUUACGAUGUAUGUCAGAAAUCUUCUUGUUCAAUUUUAGAAGUAUUCUGUGACUUUGUGCAAAGAGAGUCAGAGGAAUGCUGUGUACAGAUGUGGGAUGAAACAUCAAUGUCAAAUUUUAUUGUAAGAAUAUUUUUUAGCAUUGAUUUCUGUUCUUGAAUUGAAUAUUCAGGGUGUAUGUAAGUCCUAUCCUAAUUUUACGCGGUCCUUGUCAUGGGAAAACACUUGUAAAAAAGUUCAUUAAACAUCUGGCAUUGGGCAUGUGGCCCAUAAAAUACUCUGGUACACCAUAGCAUACACUUGAGAAGGGACAGACCCGCCACUCUGAAUACUUUCUCAAUGACUCUUGUCAAGUCACUUCCCGCAUAAACGAGUUUCUGAGCUUUCUUUUUCCAUUCUUAUAAUGACUUUAUGGCGAAGCCAAGUGUUUUGAUAAAAUGUGAUAUGUCGUGCACAGUUUUUAAUUUGUGAAUAAUAAUUGAACCUGUUGAAUGACUGGCUGUAUUUGAUUAGUGAAACAUGAUUUGUCUGAGCUCUCAAGUGGUCUGAUAACACACUGUAAACUGCCAAAAUUUUUCACUUCUAAUUGUGACAUGCCAUGACGAAACAAGUCGCAUGUCGCUCUAAGCUUGACAGGUUGAGGCGGACUGGUUGUUUAUUUCACUGUUGUCUGCCUUCUGUGACACCGGAGUACAUCAAUUUCUUCUAUUAUGUCCGGAUGUCAUUUUAGGGUCAUCUUCUGUGCGACAUGCGACUCAUUUUGUCGUGGUGGGUCACAGUUAUGGCAAAAAUUUCUUUCAAAAAUAAAACAAAUCUUGAUUUUUAUUUUGGCAGAAUAUGAAAAUCCUUUAGAUUUUUUCAAAUAAAAAAAAUACUUCUACAGUUUUUUUGUGCAUUACAGUGGUUUGUGUAGCCAGUGAAAAUAAAAAUAAUGUCCUCAAAAGUUUCGUGGUUUACAGUACAAGUAUAGGCAUUCUCGAUAAUAGUACAUGUAAGGUGUAAGAUAUAUUGUAUUCUUUGCGCUAACGAGAACCAGCUUAAAAGAUGAUGUUUACUUCAUUGUUAGUCUUGAAGUUGAGUAUUUUCUAAAUGAGCAACUAACUUGAAUAAAAAGAAGUAAGGGGAGAUAAUGCCAAGCUGCCACUAUUAAAUGCUCUAGUCUAUUCAUAAGUUUUAUGGUUGGAUUUCUUUGAGGUUUGGUUGUUAUUUACCUCAGCUUCAAAACUAAACCGUCGACGAUUGUCAAUGCUGAAACAAAAAUAUUUCUUCAGCGAACGGGAAUCAUCUUUUUUUGUGGUUACCAGGAGACUUUUUUGUUUUUGGGUAUUUUUCAUUCAUACUUGGCACAUAGCAGGUGGACACAAAAAAAAAUGUUGAUAAAUUAUUUUUAAGGACAUUGACCUUAGCUUUCCAAUGAUACCUUUAUCAUUUUCUCAGGUCACGACUGUUAGAACUGGAAUUCUACCACGGGAAAGCCCUAACUAAGCAAUUAUUUCAAUUAGCAACUGACCAACUGAUGCCGUUCAUGUAGUGAGCUUUAUGAAUAAAACUAAGUCCCUUGUCAAGGUUGUGAAAAAUUGAGUUAAUCUAUUAAAAGAUACCCGUCAAUAAUCAUAAAUAUGACCGAGUUUUAGGACUAAAUAGGGCUGGUAAAUAAAGCUCGCUCGCAUAACACACUCUUGUACUGAGAAGUGGCAUGGUUGGUAACUACUUGAGCUAUUGGGUGAUAUGAAUAAAAAUUAGCAAGUGCUUUUACUUUGAAUUUGUACAGAAAGGCCUAGUGUAAAUGUACAUGGAGUUUUAGAUAAAAAGCAUUUGCUAGUCUUUAUUCAUAUCACCCAUUGACCUGAAACGCUGUAUAUUUGUUGCCUGCAUGUAUGUAAUGAAACCUUGCAGACUAAAUUCCGGUCUGGUUCGAUUCCUGGUUUGGCCACCAUGUGGCCAGAAUUGAAAACAUUGCAACGUCUUGAUCAUAAGUAAAUUUUAAUCAUAUUACUUGAAACUUGGUACAUAUGCUCCCCUAUGUAGUGACACCUUGGAGACCAAAAUUCAGUCCGGUUCAAUUCCUGAUAUUGCCACCAGGUGGCUAAAACCAAAAACACAUAAAGUGCUUUAUUUCCCUAAAGCUAGAUUUACAUUUAUACGUUUAUAGUCCGUAUAUCGUAUGCGUUUAACGCAUCCGUCCAACGAAAAUUUUUCAACACAUGCUUAACCAUUUGCACAUUCACAUAUCUCCGACAACUGCAGAAAACGGGUGCGUUUAAGCGCAUACGUUGGUCGAAUCCAACGCAUCCGUGCUAUCAGGUACGUGAACGGAUAGAAAUUCCUUUGAAAUGACGUCAUUUUGGGAUAUACUUUCCUUGAAGUCGACCCUUGUCUACGAAACCAUGCUGAGGAAGACAGGGUUGAAGAAAAAUUUCGUGGAGGACUUGGUGAAUGCUGUCCGAGAUCGUCCGUUCCUGUACAAUCCGAAGCAUGCUGAUUACCACGAUUCAAAAAAAUGCUUUAAUGCAUGGGAAUCUAUAGAAAAGUUUUGCCCUCAAUAAAGUGCUCGAUAUUACGUAUAAAUGUGUAUCGGAAACUCGGAUGCUGGAAAUGGAAACGUAUCACGCAUCCGUUUCAACGUAUACAUGUAAAUCUAGCUUAACAAAGGGCUCGAUUGUCACCAAACUUUUAUCGGAGGUACAUGUGAUGAUGGUACAUGACAUGUCACAUGAGUUUUUGAUUUCACCUACUUUUCAAGGUCACAGGUGUCAAAAUAGUGGAAAUUGGCCGAUGGUGGCAUAUUAUUAACUACUGGAGUAAUUGACUUGAAUUUGGUACAUUGUUGACAUAUUCCUGGUCAAAAAGAAUGUUUAAUACAAUUGGUAAAAAAAUCUGGAACCGAUAUCUAUGAAUUUACGGUACCAGUUGAAUCUAUUUUUGUUAUUGUCUGCUUUAGUUCAUAGGUUUUAGUAGUUUGACCGCUUACUCUGCUGAAAAGCGGGAAAAAAGGGGUAAAAAUUGGUUGAAAAACAUGGCAUUUAGUAACAAGCCAAACUGUACAAUCAUUGUUUAUUUGCUACAGUUAAAAAUGACCUUGUCGCACCGAGCAGUAUCUCAUGGAUUUUUGAAAUGCGUAAUCGGACGAUAGUUUGCUUUUAUUUCUGUUUAUGACAGUUCUGUUGCAACGCUUUGUCGGGGGGGGGGGAUUCUAGCUCUCGGCCAAUGAUAAGACGUCUUCCCUGUAUCAACUUUAUUACUUCUCUUGUACAAUCCGACACGGGUGUAGAGCAAACAUGCUCUACACCCGUGAUUCCGAUCACUGUUUAUUCUGGGUACUCUCUCUGGGAUUCUCUGAGGGUCUCUCUCGAGGAUUCUCUGAGGUUCUCUCACGAGGGAAAGAAAUUCCCCAGAUUUAUACAUUGGUUUGUUGUUAACCUGUGUGUGUCUAAGGCGACAGUGAUAUCUCUCCAAUGGUACAAGUGACAUGGCGGGCCACUCAAAACAGCUUGGUAAGUUUGGUAUCGCUUAGUCAACUUGCAUCAUUGGAUUUAUGAAUCAAUAUCGCCUCCCUCUAGAAGAAAAACUCAAACUCAAUAUCCUCGCGUAGUGGAAAACGAUUCCAAACUCAAAAGUACACAUUAUACUGAGCUUGUUUCCUUUUCCGUUUAACUUUCCUUGGUUGCUACAAUACAAAAGUUACUUUUAGUGUUUUGCUUUAAACAUGGAUGGAAAUCAAUUGAAUUACUUUAAUUUGAGAGGCCAUUUACAAGGGCUAUUUGACUUUAAAGGUUAACUGGAGUCAAUACUUAUAAAGGAAGUACCCAACAUUCUGACAGUACUAAUUUCAUAUAUUCUUUUGCAUAUGAUGUCUGUAUUGUGUAGAUUGGUCACGUGACUAGGGCCUAGCGUAUCAAUAGUUCCAUUGUGUUCUAACAGUCGUGAGCUGAAAGCAGUCUGUAGGUCAGCUUAGUAAAUGCCCUUGUACAUCAUUCUCCAUUGUGGGUCACAUACUCUUUAGACACCAUUUAGCCGCUUGAAGGGCGACUGUACAAAAGGCCUAUAUUACUUGUAAUAGGCCUAUGAAAAACAGACGCACCAAAACCGCCUAAACAGCGUCUACACAGUAUGUUUUGGCUGCAUAGAGAUUAUCAGAUUGCAUAGAGUGCUGGUUUGCAUGACUUGGUACAGUCCUCCUUGAAAUGAGGCCAUCCAUAAACUGUAUUUGUAUGCAGAUCUGUUAAUGGGUUAACCCUUUCAAUACUGAAGUAUUUUCCGCCUCGGCUGUACAAUACAUAGCUGCGCUGCAUGUUGUCUACUUCAAACCCCUUUAUUUUCACAAGCCUGAGAUUUUUGCCAGUUUUGCGUAAGGCCACACUAUUUUAAUAAGUUGGAUUCCGAAACUUCAGAUCCAAAACCUAUGACAUGUGGGUGGGGUGGAAAUAAAAUAAAAAAUAAAAAAAAUGUUUUUCUUCAUCUCAAAGCCUACAGUGUUUGGGGCGGGAAUAAAAAAAAUUCCAUCAGACUCAAAAUCUUUAUGGGACAGGGGAAAUAAAAUAAAAACCUGCUUAUUUCUUUUCAAUUUUAGUAUCAGAUCAUACAAGGAGGACCCCAAAAAAGUUGGUUGAAAUUGGUUGUCGGUAAUUUAUUUUCUUUAUUUCUCUCUAUUUUAUGGUCGGGGGACAAAAAAAGUGUGUCAAAAAUGCGGUUGUCGGGACCUCUUUUUUUUACACGUUCCGGAAAAUUACCCCUGGUGGAUUCUUAAUCCAACAAAUAAAAACAAUGUGUCCUAAGGGGGUCAUAACAAGAAAAUGUAAGGUGCGAAAUAUUCUGAUCUAAUGAUGUAAUCAUUGGAAAAAAUACUUGUCCAUUUGCAGAAUUAAAUGAUAGUGAAAUCUGAAAAGGACAUUUUUGCUAAAAUUCUGGGAUGCGAAAAUAAAGGAAUUUAAAGUCAGACUUAAACAUUCGAAUGCAGAAAACAUUAAAUCUGACCAAAGCUUUCACCUCCAUCUAGUAGGCUUCAUCAGUGACCUCAAACAAUUGUCCUAGAUCGUAGGGAGCUGGUAUCUCCCCCUGUCCCUGUCAGAUGGUCCUAGCAUAGUAGCCGCAAUGGUGAAGUGCAAACUUCAUAUGCUCGGGUUCCUUCUUUAAAUCCUGCGGGUCUGAAAUUACACUUAUCAUCUUGUUAUGUAAGAUCCGUACCACCUAGAGUUGUUGGACCACCGGAUGAUUGGAUUCAAAGUGUAAAUGCCUCGGGAUUCUGUAAACACUGGGUGAGAUACUGCCAUCUGGCACUCUGAUGUAGGAGUUUCAAGGAAAACCAGAGAGUGAUUUUCUGCAGUGAACUUGAUAUGUUCAUCCAAGCGAUCAAGUUUCUGAUGUACUUUUCAGCUGUCGUUUUCCUGACCUUGAUGUGUGUAUCAUUGAGUUAUCUCUACCACCCUGGUGGGUGGGUACGACACUGUGGCCAAUGAUCAGGCCUCAAAGCCCUUCAUGUUACAGGCGAGACUGGUGAUCCCAUUGCUGCUCUGGGAAUUUGGUGAUAGAGUACCGUUGUACACAGCGUAUGUAUACAGUCCUAGCGGUCUGGUGAUGUCCUUAGGUUCCAUGUAGGUUCAGACACACAAUGUAACAUCUUCCUACAGGUUGUGCUGGGUAAUGACCUGGGCUUGAGUAACGGGAUACUCAUGAACAAAGCACUUAGAUCAUAUGAUCACAAUUCCGGGUCAUAUUCUACACAACAGGCACUGAUUUUAACAGGGGGAGACACCAGCUCUUUGAGAUCUGGGACAAUUGUUAGAGGUCCUUGUGCUUGACCUUGGACAUCACUAAUGAAGUCUACCCGAUUGAGUUAGCAAGUCUGAUAUCAACCAAAUUUAUGCACAGAUGAAUCUAUAUGAAAGGAGUAUACAGGAAGUGUGCACCCAUCAGAAUACCGCAAGUGUCUGAGCUGAGAUGCUUGUUAAUCUUGUUAUGCAAGCUGAUAGGCAAGUCCAGCAUUCCUGAAUAUUUGGUCUUUGCCAGAGGUAAGAAUUAAUGGUAAAAAUUCAUUGGUGGGGUUAAAAACAUAAUGGCUAGGGAAUUAUACUUUAAACCCUUUCGCUGCUGAUUGAUUUAGUUUUUUACUAGCGUCAGUGCUGAAUGAUUCUUACCUAAAUUGGAAUUUUUUGUUUUGGCUAAUAUAAGAUAUUUAAUUUUUUUGAAGAUUAUCCAAUUCUCUUCAUUUAUAUCAUCAUUUAUCUUGAGAAUACCACUCUUUGGCAAUUAUGAUAACGCAAGUUGAUCACAUGGUCCAUGGACCAUUUAAUCUUCCAUUUAGAGUCCUCUGAGUGACCUCACAAGUUGUCAGAAUGUUAAGAAAAGUGUGCUUAAGGUUGAUCUAUACCCAUGCGUAGCGCAAAACUGCCCAAUUGCAACUCUUCAUAAUUCAUUGAUAACAAUGAUUCAAAAAGAAAAUUAUGGUACAGUACGUUACGUAUGAAACAUCUAAGUGAACUUCCCCCCUAAAUGACUGGAUCGUAUUACUUGAUUAACCAGAAAAAUGACUUUUUUGGGAAGGUAAAAAAAUCACCUUGAUCAAUUUUAUGUCAACAUGCUAUGUCACAUCGAAGCAUACUCUGUUGGAAAGGAUGCAGCCAUUCCCAGCACAUGUCCGUAUAACCACCACUUAUUAACUCUUUGAGAUUGCGUAAUUUUUUUCAGUUACGGGUGGCUUGGAAUGUGCUUGCCUUGGGGAAAACCCCUUAACUAUAGGUCAACCUUAAUCUACUCAAUGUGCUGCUUUACUGUAGUUGUUGGUAGAGGCUAAGCUAAUAGCAAAUAUAUUUGAAGUAUGAGAUGAUGGUAUAUAUUCAGUUGCCCAUCUGCUUUUUAGGCGAAACCGAUUCCAGUUGCCCUCAUCUUGCACUCUACAGGGUGGAUCAAUAAAAAGGUAAUCCUGAAACAAACAGCUUUUAUGUGAUAGGUAUUAAUGCCAUGGAUAUUUCAUUGCAUGUAUGAUAAAGUAGGAGCCAGGCCCUUUCCAUUGAUGUCUUCAUAUCACCCAUGCGCCCACGGAUGACUGCACACCACUGUAUUGAAAAUGACAUGCAGAAAUCUAAUUUUUCCAAGUCACCUGUUCCAUUCAUUUCAUGCUGUUUAAAGCAGGCAUAUCCUUUGUGCAUUUUGAGUACAUACAUGAAUUAAAUGUGAAAGGAGAUGGUCUUACCAGAUCAUCAGUUGAUCAAGCGCCAACACCUUCAACAUGACCUCCACCUCUUUGAACCUUGCAGGCCAUUAAAGCAGUCUGAAUGUUAUAUGAGCCCCACCCUAGUGGCCGCUUAAGCGACCUGGCAUCAUAAGGGGACCACAACUUCCCAAGCAUAAUCGCGACUCUUUUGGUUUUGCAAUUAGACGGUAGAUGUCUCCCCUUAACCGUUGGAUAUCUUUAGCAACAAUCAAUAAUAGGUAAUUGGCUCUAGAUUUCUUAGUUCUUGAUGGAUUUGAGUUCUGAAAAUGGCAAAAACCUCAGAAGAUUGAGCUUUUUUUCAUGAACAUCAAUGAAUAAAUAAAAAUCGCCUACAAAAUAUCCCCCUAUAAAGCUGAGUACCAAGUAAAAGAAGAAGCGCCAAGCAAGAAAAUAAGAUAUGAUCCAUGUCUAUAGCUAUUAUAGUUUUAUUUUUUUGUUUGUUUCAAAAAGGGUGCCCUGCGCAGGGGUGCUCAAAAAGACCCUCUGGGGAAAAAAAGUUUUUAAAAAGGAAAAGGCCUUAAUAUUCAGUAAUAAAGCUUUAUUCUAUCUAAAAGCAGGAGGAUAGAUGAAUACAGUAGAGCCUACUUUAUGAGGCUACCUCUUCUAGCUUUUCUAAAAUUUCUUUUUAAAAAUACCCAAAAUUACUCCCAGGAGCUCAGGUUGGGGACCCCCUCCCCCGGAGCUCCUUUCCUGUAGCAAUUUCCUGUAGGAUCGGCCUGUAACAAUGACUAAUUUUCAAACUUCUGCCAAGCACAGGUCUUGACCAUAGGAACAGUUGGUACAUCUGCUUUUUAGGGGAAUCUAUACAAUACCACAGUGUCCGGUGUCCGUCAUCAUCGUCAUCUGUACCCUGUUUCAAAAACAGUGGCCUGUUUCUUAACCGCUAGGGCUAUUAACUUGAAACUUUGCACACAGGACCCCCAGGUCAGGUGACCUCUGACACUGAAUUUUGAUCCGAUCUGAUUCUUGACUUGGCCACCAAGAGGCCAAAAGUGGAAACUUAAGAAGUGUGGUUCUAGCCAGGAUACAUGACAUAUCAAUGAUAUGUCAUGUAAUAAAAAACCUGUAUGAUAUUAUCAUACAGGUUUUUUAUUGGCUCACCGUAGGGGAGUCUAUACAAUACCGCAGUGUCCGUCGUCCGUCGUCGUCCGUCGUCGUCGUCGUCGUCGUCGUCGUCGUCGUCGUCGUCCGUCGUAUCCUAGUUCAAAAACUGUGGCACGUUUUUUAACCGCUAGGCCUAUGAACUUAAAACUUUGUACACAUGACCCCCUAGGUCAGAUGACCCGUGACACUAAAUUUCUAUCCGAUCUGAUUCUCUACUUGGCCACCAGGGGGCCAAAUGUGGAUAUCUAAAAAGUGUGAUAUCUCGCUUAUUAGUGACUUGUUUUCGAUAAAACUUUUGUGGUAGGUACUCAUAGCAAGGAUACAUCAUAUAUCUUACGGGUUUUUAAUUUGAUCUACUUUUCGAGGUCGCAGAGGUCAAAUGACGUGAAUUGGCCGUUUGAGUGUAACUAUGGCACGUUUCUCAACCACCAAAGCUAUGAGCUUGAAACUUGGUACAUAUAACCCCCUAUAUCAGAUAACCUCUGGUGCUGAAUUUCAGCCUGAUCUGAUUCUUGACUUUGCCACCAGGGGGCCAAAACAGAAAAAGUAAGAAGUGCAAUAGCCUGCUUAUUAGCAAAUUGUUUUUGAUGAAAUUUUUUUAUGGCAGGGACCCCAACAAGGUUACCUCAGAUGUUGCACGAUUUAUUGAAUUUGACCUACUUUUUAAGGUCGCAGAGGUCAAAUGGCGUAAAUUUGCUGUUUGAGUGUAACUGUGGCACGUUUCUCAACCGCAACAGUUAUGAACUUGAAACUUUGAACAAAUGACCCCCUAGGUCAGUUGACCUUUUACACUGAAUUUUGGUUCGGUCUGAUUAUUGACUUGGCCACCAGGGGGCCCAAACUCAAAACUCAAAAAGUGUGAUUUCUCGCUUAUUACUGAUUUGUUUUUGAUAAAAGUUUCAUGGUAGGUACUCCUAGCAAGGAUACAUCACAUAUCUUACGGGUUUUUGAUUUGACCCACCUUUCAAGUUCACAGAGGUCAAAGUUGAAAACUUUACCGUUCUUGGUACGUUUUGUCGUUGUUCAAUGUAAAGAGUUUUAAUUUUGUGUAAUGAUGCAUCUAAGAAGCCACGAUUUGUUUGCCAAGUUUCAGCCAGAUCGGAAUUCAAAUAUGGCCGAAAUUGCAUGUUUUGUGGGUUUUUCCUCGUAUUGUGGCAAUCCAAAGGUCGUGAGUUCAAACCCCGGUCAAGGACAGCCAAAAAUGUUUUUAUUUUUCAUCUUUUCCUUUUUCUUUUCUGAGUUCUAUCUUACAUUUUCUUCAUUUUUUGAUUUAUUUGGUGCCAUAGAUUUAUGAGGCGGCCAUCUUGGAAAUAAUUUUUUGCCGAUUGCUGUAGUGUAACGAGUGAUGAAAUUGUUAUGGUCAGGUGGAUGUGUCUACAUCACAUAUCACCCUGGUUUGUUAUUUGACCUACCUGUCAGGGUCACUGAGGUCAAAGUUAAAAAUGAAGACAACAAUUUUUGGCUACAUACUGUAGCACUUUCUGUAACUGUCUACUAAAAAUACUUACGGUGAGCACAAUGGCCCCUGGCCGUUUCAUUUGAUGUACGUUUUAAGGUCACUUGGGUCAAAUGGCAUAAAUUGGCAGUUUGAGUGCAACAGGGGCAAGUUUCUUAACCACUAAAGCUAUGAACUUAAGCAGCAUGACUUGUCUGCUAAAUAUCGAUAUGGUAAGGGGCAAUUUCAUUUUCUGUCUCCAGGUUUACAAUGCUCGAAUGUACGCAUUGUAAUACUAGAUCACUCAUUUAUGAAAAAUCUAUUGAUCUGUGAAAAUUUCAUGCCUAUAUCUCCAGUAGAAAGGGUUGAACUCAACAGAAAAAAAGUCUGAAUAUAAAAAUGUGUAGAAGAAAUUCGUGCUGUGAUGAGUCCUAUAACGUCGCAAACCUGUGUGACGUAACUGACAGUCACCACCUGCUGCCAAGUGCCUGGUUUUGGAGGUGUGCCUGACAUAAUGUACACAUGGUUCUCAGUUGAUGAAGCAAAAAUAAGUUAAUAUGCAUAUGCCCUUGAGGUGAAACUGUAAUACUCCAUUUUGCCAAUCAGGAACACCAGAACUCUUUCAAACACCAACAAUCAGACAAGAUAUUGUUCUGAGGCCAUGCAGACUAAUGUUGACAAUGUCCUCCCAGUGAUACUUUGUGGAUUUUGGAUGAGUUCUAGUGUUUCUUAGAUUGGCAAAAUGGAGUCAAUAUAUAGUUUCACCUUAUAUUACAACACUCUGACCUUGAAAAUAUGAAAAGUCAAAAUUCAGUAACUUCCUGUAUUAAAUUCAAAAUAUGGCGUUGCUGUAUGUGUUAAUUUAUUGUCAUCCAUGUAUAAAAUAUUUU